AUGCAACUUAAAUCUAUCUCUCUAUCAUUCUCACAGACAUUAUUUAUCUAUCUAUCUAUCUAUCUAUCUAUCUAUCUACUUACUUAUUUGUUUGCCCGUCUAUCUAUCUAUCUAUCUAUCUAUCUAUCUAUCUAUCUAUCUAUCUAUCUAUCUAUCUAUCUAUUUCAAUCUUAUCUAUCUAUUUAUUAUUUUCUUAGUUUGUCUGCUGCCGAUGGCAAAAUACUAUCUAUCUAUCUAUCUAUCUAUCUAUCUAUCUAUCUAUCUAUCUAUCUCAGUCUUUUCAAAUCUAAGUUUGUUUUUUCUCAACUAUCUAUCUAUCUAUCUAUCUAUCUAUCUAUCUAUCUAUCUCAUUCUGAUCUGCCAAUAUUAACCUGUUCAUAUCUAUCUCAGUCUGUUCAUAUCUAUCUAUCUAUCUAUCUAUCUAUCUAUCUAUCUAUCUAUCUAUCUGUCUGUCUGUCUGCUUAUCUAUCUAUCUAUCUAUCUCAUCUUGUUUGGUUGUUUCUUUCUAUAUAUAUAUAUCUAUAUGUUUUUUCUAUCUAUCUAUCUAUCUAUCUAUCUAUCUAUCUAUCUAUCUAUCUAUCUAUCUAUCUAUCUAUGUUCACGUGUUCCUGUCUAUCUAUCUCAGCUUCUUUCUUUCUAUAUAUCUAUCUGUUCUUUCCAUUUAUAUAUGUAUUUUCACAUGUUCACAUCUAUCUAUCUAUCUAUCUAUCUAUCUAUCUAUCUAUCUAUCUAUCUAUCUAUCUAUCUAUAAAGUCUGUUCAAAUCUGUGUCCGUCUUGUUCUCUUCAUCUACCUCCCUACCUACCUACAUACAUACAUAUCUAUCUAUAUAUCUAUCUAUCUAUCUAUCUAUCUAUCUAUCUAUCUAUCUAUCUAUCUAUCUAUCUAUUCUUUCCAAUUGUUAUUGUUUUUAAAAAUCCCCAUCAAAACACAAUGCAAAUUAUAUAUUUGUAUAUUCCAAUCUAUUUUCACGUGUUUUCUAUCUAUCUAUCUAUCUAUCUAUCUAUCUAUCUAUCUAUCUAUCUAUCUAUCUAUCUAUCUCAUCUUGUUUCUUUCUUUCUUUCUAUACAUCUAUCUAUAUGUUCUUUCUAUCUAUGUAUUUUCACAUUUCUACAUCUAUCUAUGUAUCUAUCUAUCUAUCUAUCUAUCUAUCUAUCUAUCUAUCUAUCUAUCUAUCUCAUUCAGAGCUGCCAAUAUUAACCUGUACAUAUCAAUCUCAGUCUGCUCAUAUCUAUCUAUCUAUCUAUCUAUCUAUCUAUCUAUCUAUCUAUCUAAGUCUUUUCAUUUAUAUGUCCGUAUUGUUCUCUUCAUCUAUCUAUCUAUCUAUCUAUCUAUCUGUCUGCUUGUCUAUCUAUCUAUCUAUCUAUCUAUCUAUCUAUCUAUCUAUCUAUGUUCACGGGUCCAUUCUAUCUAUAUCAGCUUCUUUCUUUCUAUAUAUCUAUCUGUUCUUUCUAUUUACAUAUGUAUUUUCACAUUUUCACAUUUUCAUCUAUCUAUCUAUCUAUCUAUCUAUCUAUCUAUCUAUCUAUCUAUCUAUAUCAAUGUUCACGUGUUCAUAUCUAUAUAUCUAUCUCAGUAUCGAUAUUUUGAUAACGCUUAA